UUUUUAUUUAUUUUUAUUUUAAUGAUUUAAUGGUCUUAUCAUAUACUUUGAUUACAACCAAAUCAAAAGAAGAAUUCGAAACAAAGCAUGGGUUUAGCAGGUACUAAGAUAAAGCAAAGAUUUGGAAAUGAUCCAAGAAACACUAAAUGGUCCAACGAUACUUCGAGAUUUGGACAUCUGUAUCUUGAGAAAUUAGGAUGGAAACCAGGUAAAGGUCUUGGAUUAGUAGAACAUGCUACUACCACUCAUAUUAAAGUUUCCUUAAAAGAUGACAAUGUAGGUCUUGGAGCAAGAUUAGCCAAAAAGCAAAAGAAAGAUGAUCUUGAAGAAGGUGAUAGUGUUCAUCUUGAUGUAUUUCAAAGAAUCUUAGGAAGAUUAAAUGGUAAAGAAGAUAAAAUAAAUAAUGAAUUAGAUAGACAAAGAAAAGAGAAGAUAAUGGGGAAAUUGGGGAUUCAUUUUAUUAAAGGAGAAGUUUUACAAAGUACCUGGGAUAAAGAAUCAAAAUCAAUAACGGCUUCUGAUUCAAGUAAGAAAUCUAAGAAGAGAAAAUUAGAAGAUGAUGGCGAUAAUGAUGAAGAUGUUAAGAGAUCAAAGAAAGAUAAGAAAAGUAAAAAAGACAAGAAAGAAAAGAAAGUGACGAAAGAGAAGAAAGAAAAGAAAGAUAAAAAGGAAAAGAAAGUAAAGAAAGAUAAAACUGAGAAGAAGGAGAAGAAGGAAAAGAAAGAGAAGAAAGAAAAGAAGGAGAAAAAGUCAAAGAAGGAUAAAUCUGAAUCAGAUUUACAACCAGUCGUAACAGAACAUAGAGCAAUUUCAACAAGAUUAGCAGUAAGGUCAAGAUGGAUCAAACAAAAGAGAGCAUCUGUAAUGGAUGAGAAAGCACUUAAUGAAAUUUUUAUGGUUACAAACUAAAUAUGAUAGAGAUAAUAUUUUAUAUACAUUGGCAUUAUUAGCAUCCUUUAAUAUAUAAUA